AUGGUCUUCGAGGUUUUGAAGGAACCCAUUCUCAGGAGCGAUUGGAGAGGCAUGAUGGUGGAGGAGCGGAAGAGCUUGGUAGAGGCUGAGAGAGAGAAACAUUUUCUUGAGGCUUUGGCCGAUGGGAGAGAGGCUUCAAACGGUGGAGCAGGGGAUAGAUCCAAGGUUGAGGUAAGGAGACUAGAUCCACAGAGGUCAGGCAGGACGGGAUCCGGUGGAUCUGGCGGAUCCGACGGCUCUAGGGGAUGGAGAGGCCUAGACUGCAUCGGAUUGAGGAGGAGAUGGCGGCGAGAGCUAGACGGCGCUCGAUCAGACGGCUCCGGUGGAGAGGAAAGACAGAUCUGGAAACCCGUCCUCAAAGGCGCCACAAUAACCAUCUCUUCAGUCCUCCGGAGAGAGAAGGAGGCCGUUAGAACUCGCCGGAAAAUGGAGGGUUCUGCAGUUGGUGACAUCUUGAAACAAGGAGGAAACUCGUCGGAAAAGCGGUUCGACGAGGGGCGAAGCAAACUCCGGCUAGUCGGGGAAGACCAAUCAGAGAAGUGGCUUCAGGGGAGCAACGAAACUACGGCGGACGGAGGGGUGACGACGACGCAAAUCUCAUUCUGA